AUGAAGUCGUUGGAGGAAUACGAUAUUGACUAUGCGACAGGAUUUUUUCCUCCACAGCCCUUGAAGCCACUUGAGGGGGCAUUUGAACUAUGGGAGAGAGCGCUGGAAGAAGCAAAGAGAGUAUUGAGUCUCGGAAGCGACGUUGCAGAAGAGGCGGUGGCGAAGCAAGUCAAUGGAGAGGGUUGGAGAGAAAGGAUCCGCUCGCUCCCUAUGCUUGACGUGACAUGCUUUGGUGAUAUCCGUCUACUCCAGAGAGCCCACAUGGUCCUCGCCUUCUUGAUCCACUUCUACGUCCACUCGCAGGUUCCUGCGAGCGAUCAAUCGCCGAUCCAUGUCCCAGCCUGUUUAGCAGUGCCGUUGGUCACCGUAUCCCGCACACUUGGCAUAGCACCUAUCUUAACAUUUGCCGACGUCGUCCUAUGGAACUGGACCCCCAUUGAUCCGGAACUUCCCUUGUCAGCCACCAACGUAACCUUCAUGCACACGUUGUCCGGCACUGCGACAGAGGUCGAGUUCUACAUCUUAUCGGCAAGGGUCGAGAUCCGGGGAGUCGAGAUGCUGCGAAUCAUCGAUGGCUACGUCCACCAGACAGAUCGUACAAGCCUUGCAUCGGUCUCCAAGAUCGCAAAGGAUUUGAUGCGGCUGGCUGCCGUUGUUCAAGAACUGAUGGAGAUCAUGGCAAAGUCUCGGGAGACGGUCGAUCCAUAUAUUUUCUAUUGGAACGUGAGGCCGUGGUGGAACGGUAGUGCGAGCGGACCAGAUAAACCAAAGUGGAUCUACGACGGCGUCCCUGAUUCCGAUGGACUGGACUUGGACGGACCAUCGGCAGGACAAAGCACAGUGAUGCAUGCGUUAGACGUGUUCCUCGACGUCGAUCACAAGCUCCAGCAAAAACGUAGCCCUGCACCAUCGGAGAGUAACAAGGGUGCCGACAAGGGAUUCAUGGAAAGGAUGCGGCGGUAUAUGUCCGGGAAGCACCGAGAGUAUUUGGCCGACCUAGAAUCCAUUCCUCAGCCGAUCCGAUCCUUAGCCAAGGAUACCUCGAUCAUUCGCGAGCCAUACGAUACGGUGGUCCUCACGCUGAAGAAAUUGAGGGAUGCACACAUCCGUGUUGCCGUCCUAUAUGUGGUGACAAUGGCAAAUUCGAUACCUCCAGGUUCGUCCGAAGAGACAGCCAGGCAACGAAGAACGGGUCCUGCAAGAGGCACGGGAGGCAAUGAGGUUUCGACCUUGUUGAAAGCAGGGAGAGACGCGACCAAUCGCACCAUGAUAAGAGGCAACAAAUCGAAUUAG